CUAAUUUUUACUCCGGAGCUUAACUUCCUCAAACAUGGCGGGUGUUUUGUUUGAAGAUAUUUUUGAUGUCAAAGAUAUCGAUCCCGAUGGCAAGAAAUUUGACAGGGUGUCGCGACUCCACUGUGAGUCGGAGUCAUUCAAGAUGGACCUCAUCCUGGACAUCAACGCCUUAAUCUAUCCCGUCGACUUGGGUGACAAGUUCCGUCUGAUGAUCGCCACAACUCUGAAGGAGGACGGGAAACCAGAUGAUGGCGAGUAUGACCCCCAGGACACAGCGCCCUCUAGAGCUGACAGCUUCGAGUACGUCAUGUGGGGCAAGGUCUACCGCAUCGAAGGAGACGACGGCAGCAGUGGCGACUCCAGCAGAUUGGCAGCUUACGUUUCAUACGGUGGCCUGUUGAUGAGGUUGCAAGGUGACGCCAACAACUUGCAUGGGUUCCAGGUUGAUUCUUACGUCUACCUCUUGAUGAAGAAACUCGCCUUCUAGACGGACGGUUGCCAUGGCAACACGGAACAAACACGGACAGUUUCAAGAUCGCAAUGAGAAAGUUUAAAGACUGAAAUGAAUUUGUGUCUUGCUGAGUGCAGGGACCAGAACGGUGCCCUUGAAACUGAGAUUGUCCUCUGAAUGUUUGAGAUGGUGCCCUUGAAACUUAUGUGGCCUUGAGCUCAAGUUGUGACCUUGAAGAUGCAGACAAUGUACCCUUGACACCAGGGGGUUUAUAUUUUAAGGUCCAGCUAAACCAAUGCUCAUUAAAAUGCACAUCUCAUGUUUGGGUUAGUUCCAUUUGCUGUUCCCAGGUGGCAGCACAGGCUUGUUGCUGGAGUGUCAUCCAAUCAUGUCACAAAUCUGAAGUCCAUGCCACCCUAAAUUUGCUCAAAGCAUCUAUAUAUGUCGUGUUCAACCAUGUACAAAUGUGUACACCUAUUCUGAGCAAACCUAGGGUGAGGUUGGCUUCACACAUCCAUUCAUUACUAGGCAAAGACGUGCUGAAUCAUCAUUAUCUCAUCAAAAAUCUCUACGUCCUAAAAUCAGAAAAAUAUCAUGGCAUAAACACCACAAGUCCCUAAAACUUGGUCUAAACAUUCAAACGGGACUUUAUGCCACAUUUCCUUGGGGUUAAACUUAGUCUUCUUUACAUUUCUGUGCUGUUUACUUUCAUUCUAUUUCUUUUUUUCAUCUAAAUCUGUGCUCCAAAUUUUCCAGAAUUCUAUUUCUACCAAAUUUGUGAUAACAGCAGAUUUGUGAUAGAUUUUUUUUAGUUUUUAAUUUUUUUCCCUUCUACAAAUUUUACAACAAAUGUGUCUAAAACCACUACGUUAAAAACAAGUUUUUUUUCUACAAUUAAAAAGAAUAAUGUGCUCUCCAGUAGUGAGAUAGAUUUUUUUAUAAAUUUCAAAAUUCUUUCUUCUUUUCCAAUUUGCCAAAGUCACAGAUAUGUGCUGGAACAUCCGUCCAGUCGCGUGAACCCCUAAAUACAUCAAAAUAGUGCUUUCCCCUGAAUCUUUCUUAUUUCUUUAAAAUGUGCAGAGAACUUUCCAACUCGUGUUAUUCACGUUUUGGCAAAGUCCUCCACAAGCUACUUGUAAUACAUCCUAUAGAGUUAUAUGACCUUGUUGGUUUUAACCCUUUUCUGUUACAUUGCUCACCCUUUCUUUGUUACCGUUAAAAUUGAAAUAAUACAGUGCUUUGUUAAACCUGUUUGCUGAUUGGCCAAUACCAUAUGGUGUGUUUCAGCUUUCUGUUGAUUGAAUUGACCAAUAAGACCUGGUCUAGAACAAUUAAUACUGUGUGUUGUUGAUUAUGACAUGAACUGAUUGACACUACAAUCACCCCAUCUAUUGUGUAAAGAGUGUAUCAAUUACUAAUCUGUUGGUGCCAACAAUUAUGGUAGAAAUAGAAAGGAAUGCUUGGAGAAAAAAGUGUAGAACACAAUUUUUAAUAUGAAAACUUUGUUAAAAAGCAGAAGCCUUACAAUUUUUGAGUUUCAAACCCAGUAAAUGAAUGGAUAAUUCAUGUAUUUCUUGUAAAUUUUGUAAAAAUAUUUUAGUUACGGCUUAAAAAUGGAAAAUAGCGAAUCGCUCGUUGUUUACAAUCACGGUAGAUGUUCAAGAGUUAUGCCUUUGCCAAAAGGUGGCGCUUUAGAUUCGCUUAGCAAGGAUGUCUUCACCUCCAAAAGUGGAGAGUUCGGUUGUAAAUAUUUCUUGUCGCACAGAUUCAUAAACUUCAUGUAUUGUCAUUAAGCAUAGCAACGACCGUGGUUUCCAUGGUAACAGUUGCUACGCUGUCAUCAGCACUCACUGCCCCUCUGUAAACAUAAAUGGGAAUACCUUUUUAAAUAAAACUUACUUAGUUUCUAAA